GAGACGUCGCCCUCGCGCCGUUCCUUCCCUCCACGAGCCUGUUUGCCAUCUGCCUCGCGGUCACGUGACACAUCUGUCAGGGGACAGCAUGGCGGACAUGCAUGUGGAGCCUCAAAACAAACUGCAUCGAAUGUCCAGCUAACCCCGCCGCGAAAACCAUCGAUACCGCGCGUCGAGGCGGGCCAGCGGUGCCCGACCAGAUAGCAGGAUGGACGAGGAGAACAAACUUCAGUUCCCGUCUCUGCCCGCGACCAAGGAGGAGCUCCUGGUGAGAGAGAGUGAGCCGCCUGUGCUAGCUGUCUGUGCUCGGUGUCUGUGAGGCUAACCUGAGCUAACCCCGGCUCCAGCCUCAUUGUCUGGCCGUUAAAAUAAGCGCUCAGCUGUUGUCUGCCUGUGUGGGGAGGAUACUCACAAAUGUGUAUUUCCGAAACGUUUCAUGCCCGUGACAAGACACCUAAUUGGCAAAUGAUACCAGUCCUGUGUCAAGUCGCAACUCUCCAAACAUUAGCCACGUAUAUACACAACCACAAUGGCAACGAUUCUUGUAUCUUACUCUGGUUACUCUGGAAACAUCCAGAAUUGUCUUAACAUCAGCUUUAGCAAGAUUAUAACUGAGUUAAAUUGUUCAUAGUUCUAACCAUGGUUUUACAUCUCCCCUUUUAAAGGACUGGGCUUAUCCGAUGAGACGGGAAAUGCAGGUAUGUAAGCUGGGUCCUUUAGCCAGAGCGAAUGGGGUUGUCAGCAAAUUGUCCUUAUUUCUGUUCCUGCAUUUGGCAGUGUGAGACUAUGCACCAAAUGUCUGGAUAUUCUGAAGGGGUUGUUUACACCGCAUACUCAAAAUGAUGGUUUGAGUAUCUGGUUAAUCUCUACAAACAACAAUAAUGUUUAAUUCUAGACGAAUAGAAAUCAUCGUGAGAUUUUGAGUUGAACCAUCUAGACCAGUUCUAGUAGUGACAACCAUUAACUAUACACAUGAAAGGACUAAACCAGUGGUUCUCAACUGGUGGGUCCCGACCCAAAAGUGGGUCGUGGACACGUUCUGGAUGGGUAGCGAACAGCUGGUCAAAAAAGUAAAUAUUUAAUGCACAUCUGAUGUUUGAAAUGUCGUUUAUUUUGAAAAAUAGCUUCUUUUGAAAGGCGUUAUGUUGUGGUCCUCCUCAGUUUCUUAUUAAUGUGGCCUGAAUGUGAUAAAGUUACACGUUUUUGAUAUUUAUUAACUUUUGUCCAUGCCUUGUUUCAUGGUCCUCCUCAGGUUCUUCUGAAUAUGCUCUGAAUGCAAAGAUGCAAAUAAGUCAAAUUUUUCAUUUUGCUGGUCUCUAUUGUGUGCAAUUUUACAUUUUCUGUACACGAAACUUCAGUAGUUGUCGUCCUUAGUUCAUGUGCUCUGAAGUGCACUUUACUCAAUAAAAUAGGUGUUUUUAUGUCAAAGAUUUGAGUCUUUAAAGUUUUUUUUUUUAUAGGAUAUAAAUUUCAUUGGUUUGAAUUUUAUAAGAGUGGGUUGCGACUUAAGGACCAUGGGAAAAUGUGGGUCCCAGAGUGAGACCAGUUGAGAACCACUGAACUAAACACUUAUGGGCUGAGAUUACACGUGUUUUGGUGCAGAUAUAAACAUAUAAAGACAUGUUUGUAGGGGUAGUUCAGAUGGCUUCUAUUGGUAAAUUCAAUGCUUCAAUUCAUUAUGCAUGUACAUAUUUGUGAAGACAUCCUGUGGGUAAAAAUUCUUGCUGUAUCUUGGUCAUCCUGUCUGAGUUUAUCAGCCAUAGGUUUGUGCGUGUCAUAAAAAUUUAUAAAUGUCACUGCUUGUGUUAUUGGUAAUGUUGUGGGUUAUCUUGCUACAGGAGAUAUUACCAGGAUUGUUUUUAGGUCCCUACUCUGCUGCAAUGAAAAGCAAGGUAAUUGGUAUUUUUUUGCAGAAUUUUUCCACUAAAACUGUAAGACAGUGCUACACAUAUGUUACUUGCUCUUGGUUCAGUAGCUUAUGUCUCUACUAUCUCUUUGUGUAGCUGCCAAGUCUGGAGAGACAGGGGAUUACACAUAUUGUGUGUGUCCGCCAAGACAUUGAAGCCAAUUUUAUCAAACCUAAUUUCCCUCAUUCAUUUAGGUAAGUAAAAUCUUGAGUCAUUACGCAGAGCUGCUUUCUGCAUCUUUGUAUAAAAUGUGGAAGUUUUGUAGUCCGAUCCUAACACUGAUUCUCCUGUCUUUGCAGAUACCUUGUGUUAGAUAUUGCUGACAAUCCAGUGGAAAAUAUAAUAAGAUUUUUCCCUUCAGUAAGUUGAAAAAAAGUCUGUUACCUCCUUUUAUGGUAUGCCUUUAAUUGCCUAAAAUAUUUGUUAUUCACAGUUUGUCUUUCACUCCUACCAGACUAAAGAGUUUAUCGAUAGCUGCUUAGCAACAGGAGGUAAGCAUGAGCGCCAUUUUCAUCUUUCAUAUUCAGAAUGUCAUGUAGGAGGAAGAAAAUUGGUUGUCAGAGCUCUUUUCUUUGCAUCUUUAGGAAAGGUACUGGUUCAUGGUAAUGCAGGGAUAUCUAGAAGGUAAGAGUUCUUUUAUAUCAUCAUUUUAUACAACCCCAUGUCACCUUAGGUUGUAUUUUAUGCAAUGACUUAGCAUAUUUAUUUUAAAUUGUUUAGAUUAAUCUCUUUUGCUAUUGAGUUAUGUGCUCGUUCUUAGAUUAAAGAGUAGAAUUUUAAACAACAGUUGUGGAAACUGUGUUUCUUUUUAUUGUUUCUUUCAGCGCUGCCUUAGUGAUUGCAUACCUUAUGGAAACAUUUGGGAUGAAAUACAGGUUUGUUUUUCCCCCUAAAUAAAACAAUGGCUUUCCUUUUUUCGUACCUGGUAGAUCAAAGCGUAAUCUUUUUAAAUAAGUUCAUCACUGUUUUCAAAAAAUGAAUGCAUUUGUGUGCAUGUUUCAUUUUUCAAGUAAACCACAUUAUCUUUACUUAGUGUUCCUGUAAAAAGGUAACAUAUUGCAGCAGUAUUUUAAAAAGUAAAGAUCAGCAAAUGUAAGUGCGUACUAUAUUUGUGUCUUUCUCUUGUUGUGAGUAGCUGCAGUGUACUAAACCUGUUUUCAGAGGCUCUGAUUGUAACAUGGCUUUGUUCACUCUGCAGGGAUGCAUUCAGCCACGUCCAGGAGAGGAGGUUCUGCAUUAACCCCAAUGUGGGCUUUGUGCAUCAGUUACAGGUGACGUUGGACUUCAAGAUAAAUUACUCCACACUAGACAUAUGUGAAAGUGCGCAAUUCAUUUCUUUAACUGAUACAUAAAUGCAACACUGACUUAAUAAUCAACAUGAUAUACUGUCUCAAACUCCUUAAUGUUUAAAAGCCAGUCUGUCUUAUUAGCUGCAGCAGCAUUCUUCUAGACAAGUUAAGCAGCAUGAAGAAAUGGAUAUAAAAACUUAAACGCACUCUAUGUUUGGACUUCAUGUUCUGUUAAAGACUCAUUAGGGUUAACCUGUCAUCCUACAGGGACUCAUCUACUUCUGGUGUGACUCUGCUUAAGUUACUUUGCUUUACAGUCUUACUUGACUCUACCUUUCACAUUUAGAAAGUCAUGUUAUACUCUGACUCCUGGCCAUCAAGAAAACCAGGAUGGGUUGUAUUUUAAAUUGUUUAAAUUUAGACAAAAUGACUGUUAAGAUUCAUAGUUGUGUUGAUCUUUAAAAAAAACAGCACAUGGACAUAAAAGCUGUGUCAUGCUAGCAAUCUCAACAUGAUACUUUCACCCCUUUAAUUAAAUGUAACAUUCUUGCAUAUCAUGAGCCAGUUUACAGGUUAGAAGUGUAUCUGUGAUGUUACUGGGUGUUAUAAGAAUGGAAAGCUAAAACCUUGUAAAUGUAAUGUGUGUCUUCCCUCAGGAAUAUGAAGCGAUCUACCUAGCCAAAUUGACCAUUAAAAUGAUGUCGCCCAUGCAGUUAGGCAGGUCCUUCUCCAUACAAGCUGGAAUGCCAGGUUGGUACAUGAUACACCCUGUUGUGUUGUGAAGCCACACACAAGUCUGGUUUCAUCCUCUAAUCAGAAGAGAAAGGUUUAUUGAAGUUUUACAAAAAAAGGAAGUAGAAGUGUGAAAUCAAGCGUCUUUACAUUUUUCCCAAAGAAAAGUGUUUAAAGACUCAACUGUUGACACUAAGUUGUUUGUGCAUGGUGGAUCAUUCAUUAUGCCUUGGGCACAUCUUAAACAGUUAUGGAAAAUAUGAAUCACAAGCUUACAGUAAUGAAUGGUAUUGAAUAAUAUUCAAGAAGCACACUUGUGGCAGUCCUUUUUUUAGUAAAUGUUGAUCUGUUGCGGAUUUCACGGCAUCUGGAUCAUGGGGGAUUCCAUAACCUCAUCUUUCCUUAUCUCCCGUUCUUCAAUGAUGACCUCUUCAAAAAUAGACCAUAAUGUGCUCAGGGUCUGAACAGACUUUUUGAACAGCAGCUUUCUUUAGCACAUUGAACUAGUCUGAACUCGUUGUUUUUAUGUUGUGUUUGUAUGCAGUCUGUACAGAUACUGUCAUGGUUGCCUCCUGUGUUUAAUAGGAAGCCGUAAACGCAGCCUGGAGGAGGACGAGGACUUCGGAGCAAUGCAGGUCACAGCAGCACAGAAUGGAUGAGCUUUGCUGAUAUUUUGCCGUGUGGCAGCGCAGUGCACUCAAUUUUUUUUUCCAUUUCUUUUUUUUUUUUUUUUUUUUUUUACAUUUUUAAUGGGAUUAAAAAUGUACAUAUUUGAACUUUUUCUAAGGGGAAGGGACUAGGGUGGGAGCAGGACCACUCAUGUCUGAGACAUGGAGUAGUAAUGGGGAUUGGGUAUAUUUGAUAACUCAUUUUUUCUCAAGCUGUAUGCACUGAUGGGAGAUUUUUUGCAGUUUUAUAGUAUUUAAAGCAUUUUGCAUUUGCAGCGGGACAGUAUUGCAAUAAUGCACUUUCGAUACUUGAAUUUGUGUAGAUGACCAGAGUGGGGCAGACGGCAAAAGGGAAAGUAGCCAGGAUGCCGCCCCAUGGAGGACAUAAGAGAAGACUAGCUAAUGCCUUUAACAUGGGAGUCAUAGGAUUAAAGACUAAUAUCGGACUAAAUGUGGGAUAGUAAGGAAUGGAAAAUAACACUGCUUAAUAAAAGAAGUCUGACUCAGCCUUCUUCUGCUUUUGUGUCAUAAUGUAUUGAUGUGCUUCUCAACUUAACACUGAUUGCUUAAGUCUUAUUUCCAGUGUUGUCACAAAACGAUACUUUCAGCAGGUACAUAUGGGGGAAAAAAAGACCCUAUAAUGGUUUAGUGCUUUGACUUUUUUUUCUAACAUACUUGACAUUUUCGAUAGUGAUCUUGGGGACAAAGUGUCCACUGGGCUAAAUUUAGUAAAUGUAAUUGUAAAUUUGGAGUGUAACAAAACUGACAGCUGUAGAAAAGAAUCUAAAUUCAAGGUUUUAAAGUUAAAUGAGCAGUAUCUGCAUUCUUGACCAUAACUGGAAAGAGAGUAAUGACAGCAAAUCUAAGUAGUCACUCCAAUUCAACAGUUUCCCCCUACAGCAAAGACUCAUAUUUACCAUUUUGUACAGCCAGACAAAGAAAAGACACACAGUGAAUCACAGAAUAUUUUAUGUUUUUCUGUCAUCACAUAUUUCAAAAUAAAUUAGAUUAAAUAUUUCCCCUCGUCUCCAAAAUACAAUUAAAAAAUUUAAAUAAC